AUCUCGUUCUUUUGUUAUUGUUUUAGGCGCGUCGAAUUUGUUUUUAAUGCUUUAACUAGAAAUAAUGUGAGUGCGUAAAGGAUUGUCUCAGCCACAACAUGGCCAAGUAUUCACCACUAAAGCCACUCAACACGCCCAAUGAAACUGAGUUUGGAUUUCCCUAUGAACCCUAUGAGAUUCAAGGGCAACUCAUGCAACAAGUGUUCCAAGUGCUGGAAUCGAAGCAAAUUGGCAUAUUCGAAAGUCCCACAGGAACGGGUAAAUCUCUAACCUUGACAUGUGCUGCACUGACCUGGCUACAGCAUCAUGAGGAAUUAGUACGGAGUGAGCUGAGAGAAAGAAUUGCUAGACUGGAAAGUGAAAUUGCCAAACUGAGAGAAUUGGGUGGUCAGGUCACCGAUUGGAUUAGCGAACAGGCUAAGGUCCAGGAACUGCGCGCAGAGUUGCAGCAAUUGAAACGUUUAAAUGAGUUAAGGCUGAAGGAGGAAGAUGAACUGGUAAAGAUACGAACAAGGGGAAAGGAAAGAAAGCGAUUAAGCAAAAAAUCUGAAUAUUUUCGCGACAUCUCAGGGAAGGAAAUAGAUGAGACUCCAUUCGUUGACUCAGACAAUGAUUCUGAGCAUGAAAUUGAGGAUGAUGCUUUAAUGGAUGGCCAGGAUCAUUAUCAACCCAUACAAAUUUUCUAUUGCAGUCGAACCCAUUCCCAAUUGUCACAGAUUGUCUCCGAGUUGCGUAAAACGUCGCAUAGUCAAUGGGUGCGUUCGAUUUCCCUGGGAUCUCGACAGCAACUCUGCAUCAAUCCACAUGUGAAAAGACUUUCGAGUGUCUCCCUCAUGAACGAACGCUGUUUGGACAUGGCCAAAAGCAAGACUAAAGCAAAUCCCAGUAAAAAGUCGCGCCUAGAAAUAUCUUCAUCGGGUGGUUGUGCCUUUAAAGUCCCUACACAAGUCGAUCAUCUCAGGGACCUGGCUCUGUCAGAGCCUGUGGACAUUGAGGAUCUUGUUAAUCAGGGCCAAACAGCUCGAGCUUGUCCCUAUUAUGCCUCGCGUUUAGCCCAGCAGAAAGCUCAAUUAAUUCUUUUGCCUUAUCAAUUGCUGCUACAGAAAUCGGCUCGCCAGCAGCUGGGAAUCGAAAUCAGUGGUUCCAUUGUCAUUAUAGAUGAAGCCCACAAUCUCUUGGACACUUUGGCCCAAUUACAUGGCUCGGAGAUCAAUUGUAAUCAAUUGAACAUGGCCAAAGAUUUGAUAUUAAACUACAAGGAUGUCUAUAAAACCCGCCUUGGUCCUAAAAAUCUAUUGAAAAUUAAUCAAUUAGUGUUUAUUAUCAAAAGCCUGUUGAAACUGCUGGAUAACAAGACGACUGCCAAGCCCCGUCUACUACGCACCUAUGAGUUAACAGCCGAGGGUGAUUUCUUCAAUAUCAAUUUAAUUGACUUGCUCGAUUUCUGUGUCCGCUCAAGAUUUGCCCAGAAAGUGCAAAAUUGUCCCAAGAGAGAGCCCAAACAGGUUGAGAAUCGUCCUCCUCCGUCAAUAGAGUUGCUAAAACGUUUGGCCAAGCAACAUGAGGGCCAGAGUAAAAGAAAACUGCAGCAUGAUGAACCAGCACCACAACCACCACCAUCUUCGACAGCAUCCACUGUGGAUGCGAAACGCUUGCUAAUGCCAUCACCCAUACGUCCUAUAUUGGCGUUUUUAGAAACUCUGACCAGUGAUGCAGCUGAUGGACGAGUUCUUAUACAGCCGGAACAGGGUACCUUUAAAUAUUUAUUACUCAAUCCUGCCGAGCAUUUCAGUGAUAUUGUAAACCAAGCCAGGGCGAUUGUUAUAGCCGGUGGAACCAUGAAGCCCACUGAAGAACUAAUAGAACAGCUCUUUGCUAAUUGCACAGAACGUGUGGUUGAACGUUUCUAUGAUCAUGUAGUGCCACCGGAUGCGGUAUUACCAUUUGCCAUCACCAAGGGUCCAACGGGUACUAACCUCUGCUUUAAUUAUACCCAAAGAGGCAGUUCCAAAAUGUUGACUGAGCUCUCGAUGAUAUUGCAGAAUCUUUGUCAAGUAUUGCCCCACGGUUUGGUUUGUUUCCUGCCAUCCUAUGACUAUUUGGAUCAGGUCUACAAGCAUUUGGAGCAAUGCGGUGCCUUGGCUAGAAUUGCCAAGCGUAAGCGCAUAUUUCGUGAAUCCUCGGGCGGCGGAUCUGUUGAACAGCUACUUCAACUCUAUGCCGAGGCCAUCUCAAGCGAAGACAAUGGUGGGGCACUUCUUCUGAGCGUUGUUGGUGGCAAAUUGUCAGAGGGUUUAAAUUUUGCUGAUAAUUUGGGUCGCGGCGUAAUUGUUGUUGGCCUGCCAUAUCCGAAUCGAACCUCACCGGAGCUCCAGGAACGCAUGCGGCAUUUGGAUGAAAAAUUGGGUCCCGGUGCGGGCAAUGAGUAUUAUGAGAAUCUCUGCAUGAAGGCGGUUAAUCAAUGCAUCGGACGUUCUGUCCGCCACAUAAGGGACUAUGCUUGUGUCUAUUUACUGGAUGAGAGAUAUGCUGCCGAACGAAUUCAACAGAAGCUACCGCGAUGGAUAGCCCGUCAUAUGGUAACGGCCAAUCAGAGAUUUGGUCAAGUCCAGGCUGGAACUGUGAAAUUCUUCAAGGAGCACUAGCAAUCAUGACUGAUCUACAUACAUAUUGAGAUUGAAUUCGAAUACUCUAUGGUUUUUGCACUUUUUCGAAUGUUUUUUCCUAUUAGUGUUUAAUUUUUUUUAUUAAAUAAUAGAAUUGUAAAAGUAAGAAAGAAGAUAAAAACCAAAUCAGGAGUAUUUAUUAUGAUCUGGAUAACAUUUGAAAAAAAGGAUCAAAUAGGAAAUUCUUCGAUUUCUUGAAUAUAUAAUUUCGGAACCUUGUAACCAAUAUUUGGUUACAAUAUUUAAACUAAUACGUAACAUGAAAUAGAAUCUGAUAUCGGGCAGAGAAUCGAAUGGAAUGAUAAAUUAUACCAUUUAAUCGCAUAAAAUAUCGGUCAUAAAUAACAAAACGCAUUAUCAUUGAACUUACUAUUAGCAAUCGCAGUGACAUAUACACCUACAACUAACUAGACACUCACACACAC